AUGGCCACGUACGCCGCCUCGAAAGCGUACAUGACCAGCUUCUCGAUUGCGCUGCGCGACGAGCUGCGACCGUUCGGGGUGGAGGUGCAAACCGUCCGUCCCUCGUUCGUGCACACCAACAUGACCGACUUCCUGGUCACGGGCAAGGAGAAAUGGAGCAAAAAUAUGAUGGUCCGGGUGGACAACUUUAUGGCGUACGCUGGCUGCACGAUCGGCAAGGUCGACAUGACCAGCGGUCACUGGUCACACGGGCUGCAGCUGGCCGGCCUCAGCCUGGUGCCGGAGGUUGUGCGCGUCUACAUGUUUGGGCUGAUCAACAAGAAGCUGCGCGAACAAUUUCAUGUAAAAAAUAACAACAAAAAGCGUUAG